AUGCCCCGCCACCUCGCGGGCGGAGAGGAGGGCGGCGCCGCGCGGCCCUGGGGGAGCAGCGGCGCGGUGGCGGGGGCGCGCGGGGGGCGCGCGGGCGGCGGCAUGAAGGAUGUGGAGUCGGGUCGAGGCAGGGUGCUGCUGAACGCGGCGGCCGCCCGGGGCGACGGGCUGUUGCUGCUGGGCACCCGCGCGGCCGCGCCCGGCCUGCGAGAGAACCGGCGGGGCAAGCAGGGGGCCCGGAUGAGCCUGCUGGGGAAGCCGCUGUCCUACUCGAGCGGCCAGAGCUGCCGGCGCAACGCCAAGUACCGGCGCGUGCAGAACUACCUGUACAACGUGCUGGAGCGGCCGCGUGGCUGGGCGUUCGUGUACCACGCGUUCGUUUUUCUCCUUGUCUUUGGUUGCUUGAUUUUGUCAGUGUUUUCUACCAUCCCUGAGCAUACAAAAUUGGCCUCAAGUUGCCUCUUAAUUCUGGAGUUCGUGAUGAUUGUCGUCUUUGGUCUGGAGUUCAUCAUCCGAAUCUGGUCAGCAGGUUGCUGUUGUCGGUAUAGAGGAUGGCAAGGAAGACUGAGGUUUGCCCGAAAGCCCUUCUGUGUUAUAGAUACCAUUGUUCUUAUCGCAUCAAUAGCAGUUGUUUCUGCGAAAACUCAGGGUAACAUUUUUGCCACGUCUGCACUCAGAAGUCUUCGUUUCCUACAGAUCCUGCGCAUGGUGCGCAUGGACCGAAGGGGAGGCACUUGGAAAUUACUAGGUUCCGUGGUUUAUGCUCACAGCAAGGAAUUAAUCACAGCUUGGUACAUAGGAUUUUUGGUUCUUAUAUUUUCAUCUUUCCUUGUCUAUUUGGUGGAAAAGGAUGCCAAUAAAGAGUUUUCUACAUAUGCAGAUGCUCUCUGGUGGGGCACAAUCACAUUGACGACUAUUGGCUAUGGAGACAAAACUCCCCUCACUUGGCUGGGAAGGUUGCUUUCCGCAGGCUUUGCACUCCUGGGCAUUUCUUUCUUUGCACUUCCUGCUGGCAUUCUUGGCUCAGGUUUUGCAUUAAAAGUACAGGAACAACACCGCCAGAAACACUUUGAGAAGAGAAGAAACCCAGCUGCCAACCUCAUUCAGUGCGUUUGGCGCAGUUACGCAGCAGAUGAGAAAUCUGUUUCCAUUGCAACCUGGAAGCCGCACUUGAAGGCUUUGCACACCUGCAGCCCCACCAAGAAAGAACAAGGGGAAACAGCAAGCAGUCAGAAGCUAAGUUUUAAGGAGCGGGUGCGCAUGGCCAGCCCAAGGGGCCAGAGUAUUAAGAGCAGACAAGCCUCCGUAGGUGACAGGAGGUCCCCAAGCACUGACAUCACAGCUGAAGGCAGCCCCACCAAAGUGCAGAAGAGCUGGAGCUUCAACGACCGCACCCGCUUCCGGCCCUCACUGCGCCUCAAAAGUUCUCAGCCUAAGCCAGUGAUAGACGCUGACACAGCGCUUGGCACUGAUGACGUGUAUGAUGAGAAAGGAUGCCAGUGUGAUGUAUCUGUAGAAGACCUCACCCCACCACUUAAAACUGUCAUCCGAGCCAUCAGAAUCAUGAAAUUUCAUGUUGCAAAGCGAAAGUUUAAGGAAACAUUGCGCCCAUAUGAUGUAAAAGAUGUCAUUGAACAAUAUUCUGCUGGUCAUCUGGACAUGCUGUGUAGAAUUAAAAGCCUUCAAACUCGUGUUGAUCAAAUUCUUGGCAAGGGGCAAAUCACAUCAGAUAAGAAGAGCCGGGAGAAAAUCACAGCAGAACAGGAAACCACAGAUGACCUCAGCAUGCUUGGCCGGGUAGUCAAGGUUGAAAAACAGGUCCAGUCCAUUGAGUCCAAGCUGGACUGCCUCCUGGACAUCUACCAGCAGGUCCUCCGCAAGGGCUCCGCCUCUGCCCUCACUUUGGCUUCGUUCCAGAUCCCGCCUUUUGAAUGUGAACAGACAUCGGACUAUCAAAGCCCAGUGGACAGCAAAGACCUGUCCAGUUCUGCCCAGAACAGUGGCUGCUUGACCAGAUCAGCCAGUGCCAACAUCUCACGGGGGCUGCAGUUCAUCCUGACGCCAAACGAGUUCAGCGCUCAGACUUUCUAUGCACUCAGCCCUGCUAUGCACAGUCCAGUGACACAGGUGCCCAUGAGUCAGAGCGACAGCUCCACGGUGGCAGCCAGCAACAUUGCAAACCAAAUAACCACGGCGCCCAAGCCAGUUGCCCCAACAACUUUACAGAUCCCACCUCCUCUCCCAGCCAUCAAGCAUCUGCCCAGGCCAGAGACUUUGCACCCAAACCCCACAGGCUUACAGGAAAGUAUUUCUGAUGCCACCACCUGCCUUGUUUCCUCCAAGGAAAAUAUUCAGGUUGCACAGUCCAACUUGACCAAGGACCGUUCUCUGAGGAAAAGCUUCGACACAGGAGGAGAAACUCUGUUGUCCAUCCUCCCCACAGUGUCCAAGGACCUGGGCAAAUCUCUGUCUGUACAAAAUCUGAUCAGGUCAACAGAGGAACUGAAUUUACAGCUUUCAGGGAGUGAGUCAAGUGGCUCCAGAGGCAGCCAAGAUUUUUACCCCAAAUGGAGGGAAUCCAAAUUGUUCAUAACAGAUGAAGAGGUGUGUGCCGAAGAGACGGAGACAGACACCUUUGAUGGCACACCGCAGCCCGCCAAGGAAGCUGCUUUUCCAACAGACUCUCUAAGGACUGGAAGAUCCCGAUCAUCUCAGAGCAUUUGUAAGGCAGGAGAAAGUUCAGAUGCCCUCAGCUUGCCCCAUGUCAAACUGAAAUAAGUUCUUCGUUUUCUUUCUAAAUAUAGUGGUUCCUUUAGCCAUACAUAUCAUUGCAUGAACUAUUUUGAAAGCCCUUCUAAAAGUUGAAUUUGCAAGACUCAGGAAGAACAUGAAAGGCAGUUUAUAAGCCCGUUAUCUUUUAAUUGCAUGAAAAUGCAUGUUUAGGGAUGGCUGAAAUUUCAAGGUGCAUCGACAUUAACAUUUAGUAAUGUACCUUGAGUUUAAAAUCCUGAGAUAGCAAACAAUGCUAUUGCUAUGAGGUGUGUGAAAAUGUCAAGAUUGGAUCAUUUAGAAGAUUGGACACUAUAUUUUGAAAUGUGGGAGUAAACACCUUUAAAUUUCAGACAUUUCUGCUUUGUGACUAAAUACAAAAUACAUUUUCAAAAUUAGGUCAUAAUGUAUAUUUAAACAUAAUGGCUAUCAACAUCUGCUAACAAUGUAUCAAGUAAACCGGAAUUGGGGAAUAAUAGAAAUGGCUGCUUAUUUCAAGAUAUUUUGGCCAACCCAUUCCCACUCAUUCACUUUAUUAUCAAUGUCAUUUGAAUGUCACGUUGUGUGCUCUUGGUGAUGUAGUGCCGCGGCAAGCAAUUUUGCACAUCAUUUUCAUGUUGUCCUUUAUGGCAAGAAUGUUUUCAGUUAGAAAAUGUGCAAAUGAUGGAAUUCAGGGCCAGUGAGGUAAAUAGACUAUUUGACAUAUUUGACUCUGUGGAAACAUAUUCCCUAAUGGCACAGUCAGUUCUGAAAAUGGUCAACUUGUACACGAAUGAGUGAAAAGAACCAGUGGGACUGGACUGGUUUCUCUGCAGAAUGGUCAGUCAACCUCGGCUCACCGUGCUGCUCCUGUGAAGGGCAAGUGUGAGAAGCAGUCCUCGCUUACCUGGCUUACAGGUAGCACCCUGGGGAAGGGGAUGUUUAAGUGGGACUGGGAGAGGAACCGCUUGGAAAGAAUCAAGAAACAACACCAGGAAGUAGGCAAAGCUCAGAAAACAACUUCCCCCUCAAAGACUGAAGGGGAGAGAAACAAACCAAAACAAAAGAACUAGAUUUUUUUAGAAAAUAAUACUUGCUAGGGAAUUCAACUACCUAAACAUCCCUUAUUCUUAUAUACAGACAGAGAUUUUGCAAAGUAUUUAUUUUUUAAUAUGCCCUGAAUGUCUUUUACUAUUGUGUCAUACAUUUUGCAUAUGAAAGGCUAAAGCUAAACUUCCUUUACUUUUUAUACUAUGGUGAACACUUUCUAUUCUUCCCAAGAAAGUUGUGAGUCUGAAAUUACUGGUUCAGUUUCCUAGUACAAAUGUUGAUAAUUAAAAGCCAAAUGGUAUUGGCAAGAUCUACAAAUCAAAACAUUUACUAUAUCAUGGCUGCAGAAAGACCAAGGGAAAAUGAAAAAUCUAUUGAUCAGAAACAAGCAACACUGGCUGCUUGUUGGGUGUCAGCCUCGCUACCUCAGACUGUUAGAAUUUGGGCCAUAUUAGUGGCUUGAACACGGCAAGGAGAGGAGAGAUAGCAUUUCAACUGAGCUAAACCCCAGCCACAGAAGAGCUCAAGAAAAGAAGAGCUCUUUCUGGGGAAAGCAUUAGUGUUGCCACCAGAAAAAUAUCAAAUAUCUCCAGCAGCCAGGGAGAAGAAGCAGACCUAUUAGCAGGCUGCUCAAAGGAAAGAGGCCCUGAAGUCCACAGCCCAUCCCAGCUUUCUCCCUGCUAGAUGUGCUCAGUCACUCUUUUGCUUCACAAUUUCACUAGGCCUUAACCAGCUUCCAUCCCCGCGUAAACCAAUUAAUUCUCCUCUACCUAAAACAUGCUUCUCGGCCUUCUAAAAUGUUUGUUCCUUUUGCUAAACUCCAAUUUUAAAAGCUUCCACUUCCUAUCUCCCUUGGAUUCUAACACACUCCCCUGGUGUGUAUCAUUCAGAAUCUUCUUGACUGCUGGAAACACUCCAGCUAAAAAGAAUUUGCUAAGCUUUUAAUUGUUUUCAUUUUCCAAACACAGAAGGUUAGUCAGUUUUUAAAUGCAAUUUUUCAUCUCCCAUGUUUCUACUCAACGUGAAAUUCUGAUACACCCUCCCAAGGACAUUGCUCACAUAAACACACCCACACACACACAUGCACAUGCGUGCGCACACCCACACACACGCACAUACACUAACCCAAAGCCAGACACCUGCCCCACACUGGGCAAGUCUCUCCAAAUAUUAGCCAAGAAAGAGGAAGGAGCCAGCAACUUUCAGGGAGCACUGAUUCUUGGACAUACUCUGUCUUGGGUCAAAGCCCACUGGCAGCAGAAAUUCUGAAUGUAUCAGGGACCCCCUCUGAGGCCUCAUUAGACCUUGAGCAGGGUAGUUCUUCCAGCAUUGCUGGAGACUGCAGAUUCAGAAAUAAAACUCCCACCAUCGCUGAGGUCUUAGUCAUAGCAAAAUGUGAUAAGCCAUGUUGUGAAAAACUUGUAUCUAUUGAAGCCAUGACCAUUUUGUCUGUCUCACUCUAGCACAAAAAACUCUCGGGUGGUAAAAGAUGGUGAGAAAACUGCAAAGUUCUGUAUGCGUCACUCAGUAUGGAAACGAAAAGGGUGUCCCAUUUACACUUAGCAAAGUCCCAUUGGUCGAUCCAAAUGGUGUCUUGAAGCACAACUUAGCUGAGCACUGAGUAGCCACCUGCUUUCUCAGUUCAAGUUUGUCUGGAUCCUUCAACACGUAGGGGAGGAUCAAGUGAAUACUUACUUAAUUGCAAAUACCCCUUGUAUGAGGCUCCCUGAAAAUUUUGCUAUUCUGAUGUAAUGUUUGCAUUUUGUUUGACUAAAUUAAUAUCUCUGGAUUGCAAGUUUUGUUUAAAGUAAGACAUUUUACUGAGAUUUUAAAUCUCUAUCUCUUGUUCUAAGGUGCCUUUAUCACCUCCCUAUUCUGCAAGUUCUCAAUUUGAAAAGUCAAACAAGCUUAAUAGAGAAGAGGAAAUCAGGCACAAAGUGACUAUGUCUCAUGCCCAUUUGCAAAGCAAAACCAUAAACAAUGAAGAAAACUGGGCAAUGAAAUAAAUGGAUCAUUGCGUUUAAACAGAUUAAGGAAAUAUCGUGAAUAUGUUAUCCCCCCAGAAGCUGAUUUUUUUUUGCCUUAAAUAACCUGGUUGUGUUUAUGUAACAGCAACUUAAUUUAAUAUAAUUAUGUGCAUUUAAGUGAGCAGUUCUAAAAAUCAUGUACAACAAUGCAAUCGUCUGUUUCCUGAAAACAAAUAAAUCAGGAAUAUCAUAUCCAUUUCAAGCUACCAUGUAAUUUCAUUUGCUCUCUUUUUCUGGGAUUAUUUGCUUUAAAGUAAAACAUUAAAAAGAUGUCUAUAAAACA